AAGUAAACAGUAAUCACGUUACAACCCGGAAGAAUUGCCUUUUUUUCUCCGAUUAACGUUUGAAUAGACGAGAAUGAGCAAUUUAUCUUGCGAAGCGACGAUUAAUCGCGAUGCUGCUAACAUCGUACGGCCUUCGAUCACCACAUUUGUGUCUUAACCUCGUCGGCUGGAGGUGUUAAAGGCGGUCGAGUGCGAGCAGCAACGCCCUGAUGUCCGCCGCCCCGACGGAGAAAAACAUCCUCCCUCUGUUUACAAAUCAACGGAGAGAAACUGUUUCCCCGCAGUGUUUCCGUGAGCUAAUCGUGUAGAUUUGUUGUUGUUGUUGUUGUUGUUGUUUCUCCGCACGAAGAGAACAUGGCUGAGCUGCAUGUUGUGGAAACGAGCGCUACGGGCACCGUGGAGCAGCCGGAGCACCGCGACGUCCGCGGCUCCGUGCGCCUGGCGUCGCCCACUCUCGUGGUUCCGCCGCGGGGCAGCCAGCUCAGUCCCGGCGGGGUGUCGAGCGCUGGCGGCGGCGGCGGCGGCGGCGGGCGGUCGGUGUUCGGGUUCCCGGUGAAGAGCAACCCGAGCUCCCCGUCCGAACCGGUGGAGAAACCGGGCUCACGCUGGGUUCGGCUCAACGUCGGUGGGACCUACUUUAUCACGACCAAACAGACGUUGUGUAGGGACCCGAAAUCGUUCCUGUUCAGACUGUGUCAGGAGGACCCGGACCUGGACUCUGACAAAGACGACACAGGGGCCUACCUGAUCGACAGGGACCCCACGUACUUCGGCCCCAUCCUCAAUUACCUCCGGCACGGAAAACUGAUCAUGGAUAAAAACCUGGCGGAGGAAGGUGUUCUUGAGGAAGCGGAGUUCUACAACAUCGCAUCCCUGGUGAGGCUGGUUAAAGAGAGGAUACGGGACAACGAGAACCGGACAUCUCAGGGCCCCGUGAAGCAUGUGUAUCGAGUACUACAGUGCCAAGAGGAGGAACUCACGCAGAUGGUCUCAACCAUGUCGGACGGUUGGAAGUUUGAGCAGCUUAUAAGUAUCGGCUCCUCCUAUAACUACGGCAACGAGGACCAGGCGGAGUUUCUAUGUGUAGUUUCCCGGGAACUCAACAACUCCACCAACGGCAUCGUCAUCGAGCCCACCGAGAAGGCCAAGAUCCUUCAGGAGCGAGGCUCGCGGAUGUGAAGAGACCCAGAACCUGAGCUAAAUAACACUUAAAUCGACAAAAACAAAACAAUAACAUGAACAUUUUCUCCAGUUUUCAUCAAGAUCCAUCAGUUUAUCCUCCCUCCUCUCCCUCCUACCAUCACCGCCAUCAUGGACCCCCUUCCCUUCCUCCUCUGGUGUGCCUUUCCACAGCGGGGGCUCCCCGACGCCCCCUCUCUCCUCCAGUGCUGCAACACGACCCCGACUUGUCUUCUCAUUUCUUCUCCUCCCAUCGCAGGCUGUGGGACACUUCAGGGGGAGUUUAAAAGGGAAUACAAGGGAGCGGUUUUUCCUCACAGCAGCUUUUUUUUUUGAUGGUCAGUGUCACUGCGGUGCAGGCUACGGUUGCUGAUUGUAGCCCCUUAUUAUUAUCAGUGGAUGGAGGCCCAGCACAGAGCUACUACAAAUCAAUAUCAUCAUCGUUAUCAUCGUCGCUGUUAACAGACAGGAUACUCCUCUCUCUCUCUCUCUCUCUCUCUCUCUCUCUCUCUCUCUCUCGUACACUCGGCUCUGUCGACUCAACAGAAAUCUCCUCAGGACUCUCACAGGACAUAAAGGAAUGAACACGACUCCACUGACUGAGCCUCUCUCUUUUACCCUGGGAUCUGUUAAGGGAGCGCCGCCGCACGCCGCCUCCCUCUCCCUGCACUCCCAGACUCCUCGGGGGCUGACGUCUGAGGAGGCACAAACAAACCGAGGCGGAGAGGAACGACGAGACGAGCGUUCGCAGCGUUUUCCUCCACACUCUUGAGUCUUCAGAAACACCUUAAACCAGGUGGUCUUUACAGACGCCCCGUCUCCAUUUCCGGCACUGCGGCGUCCUACGCUCAUCCUGUUUCCUGUUUCCAGGCUCGAUCUGAAUCUGUCCUCCCCAGGGAGAAAAAUUUGGGAUAUUUCCGCGCAAAAGGAAACAAAUGACUCAAAAAAACCAAAAAAAAAAAAGAGACUACACCUGUGUACAAUUUGUCAAGGCAUGUGAGGAAUCUAUAUAAAUCUAUAUAGGCUACAUGAUGAAACUAUAUGAAAAAUUUGAAUGCAAAUGGUGUAAUUAUUGAUUUCUGUAUCAUAGUUGUCAUAUAUUUACAUAUUCUGGUGGGUGAGUCUAUUUAAACGAUGGGAGAAAAUAUCAUUAUUUUUUUUCAUAACCAGUUUUUUUCCUGAAGGUUUCCCACCCGGUAACAUGGAUGUGCCUCUCUGCUUUCUGUCCACGACUCAAAUAUCACGACGAAUUUCAGCUGCACGUUUUCUGUAGUGUUCCUCAAAACAAAAACUAAAACAAAAAAAAAGAAGAGAUAUUUGUCAAAUAUACGUUUUCUCUUAGAUAUCCUACUUUGAUCUCUUGCAUAUCUUAAAAUUGUAAUUAGGGAUAAGGAAAACUACUGUCAUUGCCAUUUGUCCAGACAAGCGUGGCCAGUUUGUAUGCUGCCUCAAAACCCCUCGCUCUGUCUCUCUCUCUCGGUCUGUCUCUCUCUCUCUCUCUGGCCUUGUGCUACCUUCAUGCCAAUACUCACUCACUUUGCAGCUGCCUCCGUCGCCAGUCCUCAACUCGACACACUAACUGACUCGUCUCGUCUUACGUUCUGCAGCACUUGUGUAGCAACUGUGGCGCCAAGCUGAAUUGUACUCCUCACGCUUAAAGCCCUGAGAUACCUGAGCCGACAUUAUCGCAGAAAUUUACAUACUGUCAGUGAACCUGCCAGAUGGGGAGUGUCUUCAGAGUGAAGCCUUUAUUUCAGAUGUUAUGUGACUUCUUUUGUUUUUUUUUCUCUGUGCUAGCAGUUUAGGUACCAACUUGGCUAAAGUAUGUUUCUCUUGGAAUAUACUUGACAUUAAGUUGCUCUGUGACAGCGCUGUGUUUAAGGCUUGUAACAAUAUUGGAGGAACUUAUGUAAUAUCUAUCCUGGUUCUAGCCCUCUGAAUUGCUGCACACAUCUCAGAUUUUAUAGAGAAGAUGAAUCGUUAUCAGGCCGAAUAUAUGUUUGCAAAUGAUAUCCAAAGAGAGAAAUGGAAUUGGCUUCUUCUAUAAAUGUCGACCUGAAACAAUCAGUCAAUUAACUGAUUAGAUGAUUGGCAGAAAAUGAAUCUGGAACCAGUUGCAAACAACCGUAACUUUCUUUUUUCAGUUUAUAUCAUUAGAAAUUAAAUAUUUUGGGGUUUUGAUAAAACGAGACAUGAAGACAUUUCCUCUGGCUUCUGGGAAUAUUACUUUUUUUGCUGUUGUCAGAUGUUUUAUAGACUAUAAAUCAGUUAAUAGUUACCACCAAACUAUAAAGCUGAAGUAAUCAAUUAAUAUUAUAGCCUGUAAAAUGCCAGAAAAUAGAGAAAAAUGCCAAAUGCAAUCUUCAAAUUGCUCGUUUCCUUUAUCGAACAGUCAAAAUCCCCAAAAUAUUCAACCUGUAGAGAAUAUAAAAUAGAGAAAAACAGUAAAUCGUCACAUUUAAGAUUCAAAUUCUUCAUUCUCUGUCAAUAGACUUCUCAUUAUCUGACUAAUUAAAUACAGAACAAAUCCACAAAUUAACAGGUGUGAAUAUAUUGUCACUGGAGUAAACGCAGCCUUGUUAUAAGAGCAACUUAAUGCGACGUUUGAGCCAUAUUUACACAUAUCAGAUGGAGAAUUGAAACAUCUCGUCCCAUCGUGCAGACCGAACUCGCGUUUGAAUCACCGUCCCUUGAAGCUGAAGGGGGCGUCCGACCUUUAUCACCGGCAUUGAUCACUUUGAUACACCCGUCUUUGUAUAAAGAACGUAUUUGAUGCAGUUAUGUUAUAUCAAGCAUGAACAAAAAGAAUGCAUUUAAACCUGAAAAAAAAAAAACCCUGUACCUUUGUUGUCUCCCUGAUUGUGUUCAGUCAGGCCUCAGAGCUCAAACUUUGAUGUGACUUCUUUUUUUUUUUUUUUUUUUGUUUGUGUUGUGCAGUUUUAUUCUGCUAAUCUGAGUCGUGAGCAGACCGUGUGCUGCUUAAAAUGCCCAAAACGUCUCAUCGAGGAGCACUUUCUUUUUUUUUUUUUUGGUUCUCCCUUGUUGUUCUCUGGGCCUUUGCAAAGCACCUUGGGUGUCGUUUCCCUUCGUCUGUGUCCAGUGUUGUGCCUUUGACCUGUGUUGUGCACAGUUGUUCUCCCCUCUUUAUCAUACGGUGCCUCUCAUACCUUAAAAAAGCCAGGAGGCCCGAGGUAUAAUGUAUAAUGCGGUCUUCAGCCUGUUUUCUAUUGUUAGGUGUUUCAGUGAGAGGCAAGCCAAGCAAAUCUAUCGUCCCCUGAGUUUCAAGUUUUAUGAUACAUACCGACAAACUGAAAAUGAGUACCAGCUGCUUUUCUUUGUGCCAUUGCUUUUGAGCUAAACCCACGAUCCCUUACACCCCCUGGAGGUUCAAAUUUGGGUCCGAAUCUGCUGUAAACACUCGUGGUGGUUGUGUGUUCGCGGCGCUACCACGUAGGAGCGGGGAGCAAUCGACAGCAGGAAGACCAGUCAAAGCAGGUUUCCCUCCUCUGCUUGUAUCUUAGUAAAACUCCAGCAGUGCACUUGUUAUCGGAGACCGAUUUGACUAUAAACUCGCCGUCAUUUGGCUUCUUUUUUUCCCUUUUCGUUGCAUGCUGAAGCCAUAACUAACGAUUCCAUUUUUAGAUGUGUGUGUAAUCAACAUUUUUGAAGCACUUACUGUACCCGUCACCUUUUGUAAAAACCCAGUUUGAUCUUCCCGUGGUUUGCGUAGUUCAGUGGUUCCCAAACUGAGGGAGGGCCAGGACCCUGCAGAGGUCAUAAGAUGGUUAAAAAAGAAAGAAAGAAGCUUAUAUUUUCAAUAUUUCUUCCAUGCUAGCAGUGUCGGUCGGUCUACCACGUUGGUCCGGACUGAAAUAUCUCAACAACAUGCUAACACACUAAUGUAAAAAAAAAAAAAAAAAAACAAUACCUGCACUAGCUACGCUGUUAUGCUAUAAAAUUCCCAUCAGCCUUAGCUGUGCUCUGUUCUUAGAGUUCUUCAAAUAUUAGUUAACACACACAUCUGACAUGCUGACAUUAGCCUUACAGAGCCGCUACCAUGUUUCUUGUGAAUUACCGGAUAGUUUUACUUCUUGAGGACUCAAAUAAAUGAUUUAAAUGAGAGAGAGAAGGGAAACUUGAACACAACCGAUCGACCGGUGAUGAGGGGUUCGUUUUUAAGGCGCCAGAAGCCAAAAGGUUCGGGAACCACUGACCUUUCUGAACUUUGCAGUGUGGUUAUUUGAACAUUUGAAUCAAGCACCCCUUUCUUUUCAAAAGUUUUUACUUUCACCUGCACUACUUAGCCUACAGAUAAUGUGCAAUUUUAACAAAUCUGCAAAAAAAUAAAAUAAAUAUAUAUAUCUCUGUCGUUUGGGCACGUGGGAAAAAAAAAAAAAAAACACGAGAGCAUGCAUUGUUCUAGAGAUUAUGAUGUCGUGUACUGGAUUUUGUCUGACCUCUGUGUUAGUGCAAAGUGUAUGUGAUGCAUGGUGGGGGGAGCAGAGGGUAGGCAUGGCUCUGUGGGUAUGUAGGUGUAGAUUUCUUGAACAGUUGGUCUACAACUCGACAUAUUCUCUUACUCACAUGUUCUGUUCCUUUUUUCUUGUUUUUUUGUAUCUUUGUCAUGUCAGUUUAAACUUAACAGUAGAUGAAGAUUAGCUAGCUUCGAAAGGCAAAUUAACCAAACCAAUCGGAUUCCAGCCCCACAACCUUGGUUUAUAUAGCAUUUACACAACCCCCCCCUGCAGGUCGACACACACAAGAGAGUUUUUUUUUUUUUUUAAUUCAUGGAUCAUUUUGCCAGUUAAUCUGUAAACACCUGCAUGCGUUUGUGAACAUGCACACUUGUACACUCAUUUAGACGUAUUGAAAAAUGUCACCUAUUAACAGUUACUUUUGUGUUCAUUUAUCAACAGUAUUGAUGUCAAAUGUGAAUAUUGUCAAUGCAGACUGUGGAGAAAAAUGUUUGGAAGCUGACAAAAAUUUUGUCCGAUUUUGUUUGUUUUCACUUUUAUUUAUUUUAUAUUUUUUGAAUUUUGUCUACCGAUGUUGUUUCUUUACAUGUAACAAUUUUAACAAAACCCCGUCUGGUUUUUAAUCAUAAAAAUGUGUCUGUGUUUUAAAA